CAAUAUGUCAGGUGAGGAGAUACUAGAGCAUUAUACAUUUUGAUUAAAAUGUGUAAAGGAACAAAGGACUUGGCUCUUCUUAGUAAUGCGAUAUUUUUUGAGAUUUUUUUACAUUGUGCGUCAAUGUGUAUACCCCACUUUAAUUGAUCGUCGAUGAUAAAACCAAGAGAUUUUUUAUUGGUGACCCGUUUAAUAUUAUUAUCUCGUAUGGCUAAUGAAAUCUCUGGGUUGUCUUCAAAUUUAGUAAGAUGAUGUCUAGAGCCAAUUAUCAUAAAUUCCGUUUUGCUAUCGUUUAGCGUGAGCUUGUUACAUCUAAGCCAACUAUGAACAUUCUCAAGAUCUCUUUUAAGUUUAGUCUCGAUUUCAUUGGCAUCUAAGCCGGCACAUGAAAGAUUUGUGUCAUCAGCAAACAAGUUAGCCUUGGUUGUUUCUAGACACUUAGGUAGAUCGUUAAUAUACAAGAGGAAUAGGAUGGGGCCAAGGUUAGAACCUUGUGGUACCCCACACCUAAUUUCUCUAGCAUGUGAUUUUUUCCCAUUCAUUAAACAAAUCGAUUUUCUAUUUUGGAUGUAAGAUUCAAACCAUGCGUAAGUAGUUCCUUUUAUGCCGUAUAGGUGAAGUUUCUUUAAUAAGAUUUCAUGGUCGGCAGUGUCAAAAGCUUUUUUCAAGUCCAAGAAUAGGACUCCAUUGAUUAAGCCACUGUCCAUGUUAUAUAACCACUCAUUUGUCGAACCUAAGAGUGCCGUCUCAGUAGAGUGCUGUGAACGAAAACCGGACUGUUGCUCUACAAGAAUGCUAUUGUCGGCAAUAAACGUUCUCAAUUGAUUGUACACUAGCCCUUCAAACAGCUUAGCAACCACAGAAAUUACAGAGAUUGGUCUAUAAUUUCCGCAAUCAGUUUUAUUCCCUUCUUUAAAGACUGGUGAUACCUUAGCGAUUUUCCACUCGUCCGGAAAAAUUGCAGUCUGAAGAGAUAGAUUAAAGAUGUUGGCUAAUGGUUGCGCGAUAACAUCGCUUGUAUCUUUUAAUAGUUUUACACUUAUGCUGUCCAGUCCUGGUGAUUUCCUUGAAUUAAGUUGGUUUAAGGCGUCAAAAGUCUCUUGGACUGAAAUACAUGAAAAAUGAAACGAACUCUCCGUAGGAGUGACAAAUGUCAUAGGGUCAACAUUAAUAUUUUGGACAUUUUUCGACAGUUUACAACCGAUGGAUGAAAAAUACCGAUUAAAACAGUCCGCAAUAUUUGUGUCUCCAGUUAUAACUUGGUCAUCUACAUUUAGCUGUGUUACAUGGGUAGUUUUGGGCUUUUUGUUUAAUAGCUCAUUAAUAGCCUGCCAACUCUCUUUGCUAUUAUUUGCAUUAGAUAACUUCGUUUUAAAGUAUUCUUCCUUAGUCUUUUUAAUAAGCUUACUUAAUUUAUUCUUGCAUCUUUUGUAGGCCUCGUUAUAAUUACUCGAUGUUAAACGAACACUCUGUCUUUUAAGAUAAUCCCUAUGAUGCAUUAAACGCUUUAUUUCUUUCGUCAGCCAUGGUUUAUGCUCACUCUUAACGCGACGCUGUCUAACUGGCGCGUGUUUUUCAGCAAUA